AUGUCGAAUGAUAGUCAUACAGAAGAAAACACAAUGCGAAAUGUUCUGGGUAUACUUAUGCAAAUAUCAUUUCCAUAUAUUGUUAUUGUUUCUACUAUUGGUAUUUGUGGAAAUUUCCUUACAAUAAUCAUGUUAUCAAAAAAAACUAUUUCAAAAAAUUUUAACAAUUGUACAUUGAUUGCUCUUGCAUUGACAGAUCUUUUAUUUAAUUUUAUGCUUGUAUGUCGUUGUAUUAAUGAUAUAACAAAAUCUAAUAGUGAACAAUUGUGUCGUUUAUUAUCGUUUCUUUCUCAUUUAGCUGAAUUAUUAUCAGCUUGUUUUACUGCUCAAUUUACAGCCCAACGUUUUAUUGCUGUUCGAUUUCCAUUAAGUGUAUUUAUUGAAAAAAAAAUUCAUCUUAUACAUUAUUUAGUUGUUUCAUUAUUUAUUAUUUGUGGUUUAAUCUAUUGUGUAUCUUUAGUACAAAAUAAUGCAUAUGAUGGUUGUCAUGAAGAAUUAGACUUAACAUGGUUUUUAUCUGAUGCAUUACUAUCAUUUCUUAUACCAUUUACAAUAAUAGCUAUAUUAAAUGUGCUAAUUAUAAAUCAUUUAAAAAAAGGUUUUCAAAAUAAUCAACAAUUUCGUUUUACAAGGCGAAAAGAACAAUCAGAAAUUUCACCAAUAAGCUUUCGAAAGAAACCUUCUUCACCUUAUGAAUUUUCAUUAAAUAGACGUUUUCGAUCAAAAAUUUAUGAAAAUAUGGCCCUAUCAACUUCAAAGGGCACAAUUCUUCAAAAACAACCAGUUGAUGGUCUUGUUCUUAUCAAUGAACGUGCUCGUUCUUUGGAUUUACUACAGCGCCCAUCACUAAUACGCUCAAAAAGUCAGUCAUAUCGUGUCACACGCAUGCUCAUUCUUGUGUCAACAUGUUUCUUAGUACUCAAUGCUCCUUCACAUAUAUGUACAAUUGGUCUAAAAAUGUAUUCACUUAAACAUACGUAUUCAAUCGAUAAAUCUCAAGAAAUAUCUUUGCAUCCCUAUGAUAGUUACGAAUCAUAUAACCAUACUUUAUCAACAUAUUUAGAUCAUAAUGAUUCACUUCAUAUGACAAAAACACAAUCAAAUCAAAAUGAAGUAAAUAAUGAUUUACAACAUAUGAAGUUAUUGUAUCUUAUUGUUAUUAUCACACAACAUAUUUCAUAUGCAUCAUAUUCAAUAAAUUUUUUUCUUUAUUCAUUUUGUGGAAUAAAAUUUCGUCGUGAACUUUUAAAAUUUAUGUCAAAGCAACGUCAGCAAUUGACAACAUCUCGUUCUAUAACUAUGCAAAAUACAAUAUAA